AUGGCUCCAUCGCUCGCCUCAACCCUCGCCCUCCGUUCUCCUAGCCGACGCACACCAAGUCGUUCUUCAGCCGGAGCCGCAGUGGAGGACAAAGAUACCAAGUACAACCCGCUGGCCUUCCUGGAGGGCCAGGGCUUCGCGACGCAGGAGGGCUUCGACGCCCGGCGCCGUGAUAAUGGCUACAAAACUCUACGCGACUUCAUGGACCGAGGCAAGUACACGGUGACCCAGGGCGCCGACUACUUCUGCGGCUGGACCAACCCCAAGGGGACGCCGCAGCCCAUUCCGCGCUCCACGGGUUACACCCAUGACGGCCCGUGUGAGAUUUGGCUGGACGACGUGCGCGUGCUGGAACGAUCCCCCACGAUCGACUACUCGUCCUGCGAGAAGAAGGGCGGCUGCACGAUGCACUGGUACUGGCUCGGAGUGCGCUUCCUCAAGAACUCGUACUCGUGGCAGGUCUACAAGGAGUGCAUCCCCCUCACGGCCGCACCGAAGCGCCUGCGCAUGUAG